AUGGCCAAUGCAUUCGGUGAACCUUUCUCGGCAAACAGCUUCGGGCCGAUCGCGGCGUUCGCUGAAAAGCACGAUAACUUCGUCGAGCUGGUGGAGGACUGCUACAUCUGUUUGGAGCCCCUUCUGAACAACAUCGGUACAACCAAGUUCGGCGUGGUCAGCUGGAGAUGCCGCUGCACCGUCCCUCAGAAGGCGCACUCGCGAUGCGUCUUCUCCAAGAUCUGCCACGCUUCCAACGGGCAGGGGAAGUGCGACAUGUGCAAAUCCCCCAUGGAGUUUGAGAAGACUACCCGGAAGGGCACCCACGCCAUGAUAAGGUUUCACCGCGAUGAGACGGACAAGAACGCCGCCGAUUCGAGCAGGGCCACCAGCAACGACGAAGAGGAGGAGGAGGAGGAGGAUGGGGAGAGGGAGGGCGAUCAUGAGGAGGACCAGAGGGACCUGGAGGGAGAGCAGGAGCAAGAACAGGACGACGAGGAGAGAGGGGAAGUACCCGAAGGGUUCGAGAGUCUUGAGGACCAAGAUUUUGUUGACGACCGCGAAUCACCCGUCGCAGACGAUUUCGACGGGACGGGGUGGUGGGCGUCGUGAAGCCUUUAAGAGUGCCUUCCUGGGUGCCUGGCGCUCGCUGGUAAUCGGUCAGGCUGACCAGACUUCGUCCGGGGCUGGCCCCUGCCACGGUGUCUCGCGUGUGUUGGUGCUCUGUAUGGGUUGUGACUUUCGUUGUCUUUCCGUGAGGAUAAACGGUGCAUGGAGACCGGUGUUCUUGGUUGGAAGAGCGUGCGGAUACAGGGGCCUGCCGGGAUCAUUCGCCGAUGUUUGCCGGGCGAUACUGACAAGAGGGGGAAUCGAAGGUCCCGUUGGUGUCGGGCGGUGGAAAGAUGCUCGGUGAAUGGGGGGANGGGGGGGGGGGUUGCAACCGGGGGGAACUGGUUGUUGGCUUCGGCCUGACGUGCCUUGUUGGGAGAGUAGCACAGCAUCGUCGGUGCUAUUUCAACCACGCCGGUUGUGAGAACUGGUUCCCGAGGUGAAGUUGAGGGUUAAUUAUGGGAUGCCCCUGGAGGCAGGCCUUGUUGUCGUCGUAGCCGUUGUGCCCCCAUUCCUGGUGGUCCAGAGAGGCGUUCUUCGCGUCUCAGAAGGGACAAGCGUCGGGGAUUGGGGUGCGUUUCAGGUUAACAUUCGUUGGUUGUUCGGGGCGUGAUUCUGCGAAGUGAAAAGUCUAUGUAGGUGUGGUGGGAGGGAGGGGGCGGGAAGGUCUCUUGGGCGUAAUAAUAGGUACACUUUCGCACCCCCUGCGUCAUAUAUAUAAAUAUAUGCAUUGAUGUUUACCAAGUGUAAACGUUGUCUGGUUUGGGCAAGACGGCAGGUGUUGGAGCUCGCGCCCAUGACGUUGAGUUUGCAGCCGCCACUGCUGCGCUUGGGGUCUCCGCUCGAUAUUAGUACGUAGUAGACUGGUAGACCUUUUCCGUUCACAUCACAUGUACAACACUGGGGCGUGUUUCGGUUGGUUUUAACUCUCUCCGGAAGGAACGCAAAUGGCCUACCUACUAUUACGAGAGCAUCUCAUCUGCGUCUCCCCCCGAAACAUUUGCAAAAAAAAAAAAAAAGGUUUGUUGUUGGCGUUGGGAGCCAAAAGGAGGAUCCACCUAUAUUCCUCCUCUAGCAAAGCAUCGUCAAAUUGUAUGGAAUUGCCAGCGUUUGUCGUGAUGGUUCUUUGCAUGGCGUUGCCCGAAGGCCCCGGGACGCUAUUUUACGGCAACAAUGGGCAAUGGAAUCGUGCUAAGCGACUCCGGAGGCGCAUCCCGUAAGGUAAUAAAUGUCUGCACCGGUGCUGCAGAAGUAUGUAGGGUGCCAACGGCUCUGGGCGUUAUUUGCUUUCGGCGAGCACUGGGGGAGGGGCUCCUGGGCAGGGGUGGGGAAUUGGAACAACCAGGCAGGCUUGAAAACACCUAAUCAGCCGGUCGCACUUAGAGUUGACCGCCAAAUAACAUUUCAUGAGAGAUAGAAAAGAGGGGGGUCGUGCUUUCAUCGUGAAAAAAUAAGUGUACAACAAUAUUUGGGGUUCUCUACCGUUGAAGUUCCCACUUGAUAGUUCCACCCUGGUAUCAAUUGAAGAGGGUUACUCGAGGUGCAGCAAAUUCGCAGCCAGUGGUGACGCACGGGCCGCUUGCCCAAGUCCACACGCGAUGUGACUGCAAUGUCGUGGUGCCUACUUUGGAGUGCAUGGGCCUGUCGAUGUUGUUCCAAAAGUGGAUGUUGGCAAAAAAAGUAGCCCGGGGCGGCCUCAACCGAAGCCCUGUUUCUUGGAGCUGUCGAUGCUGUUACAAG